UAGCGGACCCGGGAGAACUACUCCUCCCAGGAGACCCCGGAGACGCGCACGCUCGCUUGUUUCCCUCCAUCUGGGGGCGGAGUCAUGUCGGGCGGUGCUUGGGUUCUCCCGCCACGCCCCGGCCUGGUCAUCCCAGUUCUGCCUUGUGAUUGGCGGCUCUGUCAGUCCACCUCUGUCGCUAUUGGUCCCGAUUCCGUCGCUCUUUCGGCUGGGAGUCACCUACGCCUACUUCCUCCCGGGAGGAGGGGCUCGAGUUCCGCGUCGUCGCGCAGAGCUGACUCUGGGAGGCGUUUGGGCCCAGAGAAGUGGAUCGGGAGGUUUCGCCGCAUGGAGUCCGAAUCAGAGAGCGGAGCGGCCGCUGACACCCCGCCGCUGGAGACUCUAAGCUUCCACGGAGAUGAAGAGAUCAUUGAGGUGGUAGAGCUGGAUCCAGGCCCGCCCGACCCGGCAGAUGAUCUGGCCCAGGAGAUGGAAGACGUGGACUUUGAGGAAGAGGAAGAAGAGGAAGAGGGCAAUGAUGAGGGCUGGGUCCUGGAACCCCAGGAAGGGGUGGUCGGCAGCAUGGAGGGCCCGGAUGAUAGCGAGGUCACCUUUGCAUUGCACUCAGCAUCCGUGUUUUGUGUGAGCCUGGACCCCAAAACCAACACUUUGGCAGUGACUGGGGGUGAAGAUGACAAGGCCUUCGUGUGGAGGCUCAGCGAUGGGGAGCUGCUCUUCGAGUGCGCAGGCCAUAAGGACUCUGUGACAUGUGCUGGUUUCAGCCAUGAUUCCACCCUCGUGGCCACAGGGGACAUGAGUGGUCUUUUGAAGGUAUGGCAGGUGGACACCAAGGAAGAAGUCUGGUCCUUUGAAGCAGGAGACCUGGAGUGGAUGGAGUGGCACCCUCGGGCACCUGUCCUGUUAGCGGGCACUGCUGACGGCAACACUUGGAUGUGGAAGGUGCCAAAUGGUGACUGUAAGACCUUCCAGGGCCCCAACUGCCCUGCAACAUGUGGCCGUGUCCUCCCUGAUGGGAAGAGAGCUGUGGUAGGAUAUGAAGAUGGAACCAUCAGGAUUUGGGACCUCAAGCAGGGAAGUCCCAUCCAUGUACUGAAAGGGACUGAGGGUCACCAGGGCCCUCUGACCUGUGUUGCCACCAACCAGGAUGGCAGCCUAAUCCUCACUGGCUCUGUGGACUGUCAGGCCAAGCUGGUCAGUGCUACCACUGGCAAGGUGGUGGGUGUGUUCAGACCUGAGACAGUCGCCUCCCAGCCCAGCCUGGGCGAGGGAGAGGAGAGUGAGUCCAACUCCGUGGAGUCCUUGGGCUUCUGCAGUGUGAUGCCUCUGGCAGCUGUUGGCUAUCUGGAUGGAACCUUGGCCAUCUACGACCUGUCCACGCAGACACUCCGGCACCAGUGUCAGCACCAGUCGGGCAUUGUUCAGCUGCUGUGGGAGGCUGGCACUGCUGUGGUAUACACCUGUAGCCUGGAUGGCAUUGUUCGUCUCUGGGAUGCCCGGACUGGCCGCCUGCUUACUGACUACCGGGGCCACACUGCUGAGAUCUUGGACUUUGCCCUCAGCAAAGAUGCCUCCCUGGUGGUGACAACAUCAGGAGACCACAAAGCGAAAGUGUUUUGUGUCCAGAGACCUGACCGUUAGCUGCGGCUCUGGCAUGGUGUCUGGUGUUGAGGGGAUAAAGGGAGACCAGACCCCUGCCCUCUCUUCCCCCAGCAGAGGUGCAGGGUGUAGAGGGAAAAGGAGGGGAGGGCGUUGGACUGCUUUCCAAUCCCUUCAGCUGACCUGCCCACUCCUUGUCCUUUUCUUCCCUGGAAACCCACCUUACCAGGCCCUCCCUCUCCUGUCCAGCCCUGGGGCCCUUUAGGAGGCCCACGUUUCUUUCACUUUGAUUUGCUGGUGUGAGCCAUGGGGUGCGUCUUUGUAUGUGGGGGGUAGGUCUUUGAGGUUCCCGUUCUUUCCCUUCCCAACUCUCUGGGGAAGGAAAGGAGGAAGAGAGACUAGUUACAGAUUUUAAAAAUGUAAAUAAAAUAUACU